AUGCCUUCCAAAGUAAACAUCGACACGUCCCUUAAAGACGAAAAAAAUGACAUGCUCAACGGCGACGGUCCUAACAUCACCGUUGUCGCUAAAGAAGCCCCAAUUACCGUGAAACGGAUUCCCGCGACUCACAUCAACGAAGCCAUAGACAACCCCGGCGUCGCGCGCGCAGAUGUCGCAGUAUCCAUUGAGAAGCCCUCCGGAGACCAAGAAUGGGCCAAUAAGGUCCGGGGAUACACCCCUCUCCAGCAGCACGUCCUAUUCUGGGACCGUGACGGUGAUGGGAUGAUUUUCCCAUGGGACACCUAUAUUGGAUUUCGUGAACUGGGCUUCAAUAUCCUCUUUUCAUUCCUGGCCGUGUUGAUCAUCAAUAUUAACUUUUCGUACCCGACUCGACUGGCAUAUAGCUGGCUCCCAGAUCCGUGGUUUCGAGUUUAUGUACGGAGCGUACACAAGGCUAAGCACGGCUCGGACAGUGGUACUUAUGACCCUGAAGGCCGAUUCAUCCCGCAGCUUUUCGAGAAUCUGUUUGCGAAAUGGGACUCGGAUAAUGAUGGAGCGCUGACGCUACGUGAGCUGUUUCAACUGAUGCACGGCCAUCGCUGCGCUGCUGAUCCGUUUGGUUGGGGUGCGGCCCUCUUCGAAUGGGGAACUACGUGGCUUUUAAUACAGAAGGAUGGUAAAGUUUAUAAGGAGGAUUUGCGUGCUGUGUAUGAUGGUUCCAUAUUCUGGAAAAUUCGCGAGGCACGGAAAUCUAGCCCAGGAUGGACGCAAGGAUUUGGACUUGGUGGAGAUGGAUGGGUUAGGCAUGGUAGAAGUAUCAGGCCAUUUGCGGAAAAGAUCCGCCAGGUGGUCAAUGGGAGCUGCAAGAAGGCCCACAGCAGUCUCAUAUGGUGGCUUACUCGGAGCACUCGGGUGAGAACGAGAAGGCACAAACAUCUUGGUUCGACCAAAGGACUUGGAAAGCUUUUCACUUUCUUCCGGAGACAGUGCCUCCUCUAA